GAGAAGGAGAAGGAGAAGGAGGAGGAGAAGGAGGAGGAGAAGGAGGAGGAGGAGAAGGAGGAGGAGGAGGAGGAGGAAGAGGCAUUAUAUACGGAGAGGUUUCCGGACGAGUACACGUCGUGGCCACUGCUGAACAGGCAAAGGAAACGUACAGUGGGGGAAAAGCUGGUGAACGACCUUCUCGGGGUCUGCCGAAUCCUCUCCGGUGACGACUUCAUGCCGCGGCUGCAGCCAGCUGUCGGGGUGGGCGGCUCCCUAGAAGGCUGGAAUGCCUGUGGAGAAGACUUUGUCUGUCGCCUGCUUGUGCCCCUGAAGCCACCCCCCGGGCACUCCUUCCACCUCGAGCUGGGCACCGAAGGGGAGAUGCUGGUGAGGAGCUCCCGCCUGCGUGUGGAGCUGGAGUGCAUGUGCACAGGGGAGCAGCAGCUGGGGGACACGCUCUGCUUCCUCCACCACCCUGAGGACGAGCUGAUGAGCAGUCAGGAAGCCAGCCUCCUACAAACCCUCUGCACCGGCUCGUACCUCAACGUGCAGAAAACCACCUUCUGGCUCCAGGAGCUGAUGACAGCAGCCUGCGUUGCUGCGCCUCUGAUGACCACGGGCAAGGUAACGGUGCUGCCCUCCACACGCUUCUGCAAGCUCAAGCUAACCAACGCCUUCGAGAGACCCCUCUCCAUUGAGCUGAUCUUGGCGGUGCAGCAAGGCAACUCGGACACGUUUGUGAGCAUGGAGUAG